AAACAGUUAUAAAAUAGUAGUUACAUUUUGUUAGAAAUUUUUGGCUAGAAAAUUAUGUUUUAUAACAGUAGCAAUUUGUGGUUCAUGUUAACAAAUUAAGAAACUUUAGAAGAACAAAAACGGUAUUGUCAUUAUAUUUGACCCACUAUAAUCAUGAAUUAUAUAAAACCUUGAGAUCUUAGUAGAAGAACUGGAGUUUUUGCAACAUGGGGAAAGUAAAAAAGACACCCAUUAAGGAUGAAAAGCAACAGAAGAUUUCAAGCUUUUUCCAGCAGGGUGGUACCAAGAAUAUAAAACCAUCAAACAGUGAACUGUUCACGACACUUGGGACAAAGUCAUCUUCAGUAGCUUCCAAUUUAUCUCUUAAGAAGAAGCAGUCCACAGAAUCUCUUGCAACUGCUGAAAAAUACAAUAUACUUCAUAAUACUUGUAAUCCACCCUCUACAUGUGUGAAUAGUAGAAUAUCUGAAGCACUCGAAGGAGAACAGAUAGAUGACAAAGUGUCCUGUAAGGAGCCAAUAGUCAUUCCUGAAACACAAUUAUUUAAAAGCCCUGCUGGAUAUCAGCAAAAAGAUAAAAAGUUUGACUCUCUCAGUGAUUGUGAAGAAAUCAUUAUUCCUGAUACUCCAGAGGAUUCCAAGGUAGAGGCCAAAGGAAAGAAAAUUUUUGGGAGGAGCUUCUUAACAUCUUCAGCAGCUGUUGGAAAAAAACCUGGUUUAACAAAAGCAGAAAUCAUUCAGAAGAAAAGACUUUCAAGAGCUCGCAAGAGUUUAGUUUCUAUAUCUCUGAACAGUCCUCUUAAUGUGGCUGUCAAAGAAAGUGAGGGAAAUUCAAAAGCAGAUGUGAAAGGGGAAAUGAAAGAAGAAGAAGCAGUUUUGAUAGAUGAUUUGGAGGAACAAGGGCCAGUAGUUGAUCUUGAAGCUUAUUUUGAUGAGGAAGCCUCCAAGGUGGAAAAUGAAUCAUGUACCAAAACAAAAAUCAAGGAAUGUUCACAGGAAGAAGCUGUUGAAGAAAUGGAAGAGGAAAAUAUUGAAAGUGAUGUAGAGAAUAUUUGUGACUCAAGUUUAAACCCAGCAGAUGCAGAGACACCUACUAAAAUGUAUGAAUCUUCCAUCAAGAGAAUGUCAAAGACAGGGGAAUCCCCUGAUGCUAAAAGACUUCCUGCUGAGGAAGAUUCCGUAAAUGGUAACGAUAGCCUAGCUACAGCUAAUAAGGAAAGUGUUAAAAGGAAUUUGAGUAGUUUUAAAGUAAAUGAAAAAAGGAAGAAAAUCAAACCCAAAGUAUCAGCUGUAAACAAUUACCAGCUAACGAUGAGAGUUCAUCGAAAGAAUGACAGGGAAAAUGUGAGUACAGUGAAUGAUGAUGUAUUGGGAGAACUGCUGGGAGAGCUGGACUCCAAGUCAAAUUCAGAUUCUCUGACAGUUAUUGACCAAAAUACCCCUUUAACAACUCUGAAGCUAAAGAGUAGAAAAUCCCUCUCCAAGAGUUUGAACAAAAAUCCAGUGGUAAUGAAACCAGCAGAAAUUUCUGAACAUGAACAGAAACUAUUUCAGUCCUUAGACAAAGAAGUCCAUAAAGAGUUUUCUGCUCCAAUGGAAGUCGGUGCUUCUGAUGGAAAUGAAUCAAAAUCGAUGCCUUGUACAUCACUGUCAAUGAAGCUUAAGUCUUCGUUAAGUACAUGUAAAACGGUACAAGGUACAGACAGAGAUGUGGACAUUGAGAUGGUUGGAACUCCACCUGUGAAUUCUGAGAUAUUGCCAUCUGCUACACAGAACAUUAAGGAGUUUGCUUCUCAGCAACCAAAGGUUCCUCCACUGGUGGAAGAUAUAGAAGAGUUCCACUCUCAGAUGGAUGACAGUCUUUGUGAUGGCUUAGAUGCUUUGUCACCAUUUAAAGUGAAUGACAAGUCUUCUGUAAUGAAACCUGCAGAUGCUGAAAUUGCAGUCUGCCAUAGAUAUGGAAGAUACUCUGUUGUGAAGAAACAUUAUGAAAACCAUGAAAUAACACUAGAAGUCAAGGCAUUUGGAUCAGAAGAAAUGAAGACUUGUGUGUUGUGUGGAUUUUGGUCAGACACCCACAUAGAAGAAGGGGAUACUGUCCACAUCCUGGGAACGUUUGAUGGCAGUGGACUCUGUAGGAUAUCUGAUAAAGAUGGAUUUAUCAUCGUGAACCCUGACUUCUUGUUGUCAGGGACAACAGUGGUCUCUAGUUUAUUCUGCAUGAGGAAGUCAAUCUUGAAUGACAAAUUUAAGGGUUGUGACAAAGGAAAUAUCCAGAUGUUAUAUGGCAGCAUCAUCCAUUCUGUAUUCCAGCAGGUUUUAAGAAAACAGAUAUUUGAAGAAAACCAAAUAGUCACAGAGGCAGAAAGCACAAUGAAACAGAGCAAAUACAUACAUGACAUGUAUGGUAAUGGGGUUACAGACCUGCAAGUGAUGGAGGAAAUCAAGAAAUAUGUCCCUCCCCUACAGGCCUGGCUGCAGAAACACACACAGUACACCCAGAGCAUGAUGGGAGGUCAAAGUAAAACUGGAAGCAACAUUACAAUUACUGCAGUGAAAGACAUUGAAGAAAAUAUUUGGUCUCCAAGAUUUGGGGUAAAAGGCAAAAUUGAUUUGAUAGUGGAUGUCAAGCUCAACAAGAACCAAAGAGGUACAGUGCCUCUGGAACUGAAGACAGGAAGGGCUACCUUUUCCAUGGAGCACAAAGGCCAGGUGACCUUGUACAGCAUGAUGAGUUCUGACAGACGACCAGAUCCAGGGCAGGGCCUGCUACUGUACCUCAAGCAGCCGGAGAUGAAAAUGAUCGAGGUGGAUCACCUCAACAAACGGGGCAUCAUCAACCUUAGAAAUGAGAUGGCUUACUACUUGAGUCAACAGAUCAAGGGAGUGACCAGUGAAGAUGGUCAUGUGACCUACAGCCUAGGGAGACUCCCGGAGCCAAUCAACAACCCCCGGGCCUGUAGCAAGUGUCCUCAGCUUCUCAACUGUGCCCUCUAUCAAAAAAAUGUAGAAAAUAGAACCCUGUCAGAUGGACACACCAUGCAGAGGCUGGUCCCUGAGACCCUGGGGCAUCUAUCCCCCUCCCACAUGGACUACUUCCUCCACUGGUGCCUCUUGCUGGACCUAGAGAACAAAUCGGGUCAGAAGUCAGGGGGUCUAAAGGAGAUCUGGUGUCUGACCGGGCCAGAGAGAGAGAAGAAAGGUGACUGUCUGAGUCGUCUAACAGUGUUACCUCACAAAACAGAGAACAUUCAGGAUCAGGAAUCUGUCUUUAUCCACUUCCACAGAGACACGGGGCCAGACUUUCCCUCUUUGAACUCUGUUGGAUUACUGAAACACGACUAUGUGAUAGUAACUGUGGAGAAUUCUGAGUUUAUUGCUGUGUGUGCUGGCAGUAUUACAGACAUUUCAGAGGAAGAAGUUGUCUUGUUGACAGAAAGAGAAAGCUUACAGAGGCUGACAAGUUUGAAGUCUCACCUCUUCCGAUUGGACAGAUAUGACAGUUACAGUACCUCAGGCAUAUUUUAUUCCAACUUGUCUCGGUUGCUCAAUGAUGAGCCUGUCAGCUGCAGAUUGCGGGAACUGUUGAUCGAGAAAAAGAAACCGGAGUUUGUUUUGAAAAUGUCAAAGGGAGAAAUAGAAAAAGUCAAAGAGGCUUUCAAGCGAUUAAACAAACCGCAAAAGACUGCUAUAUUAAAGGUUCUCAUGAGCAAGGACUAUGUUCUUAUUAAAGGAUACCCUGGAACAGGUAAAACCUCCACCAUCGUGGCUCUGGUCAAGGUCCUGACCUUGCUAGGUCACUCUGUGUUACUGACCAGCUAUACCCACUCUGCAGUAGACAACAUCCUCCUCAAACUCAUCAAGGAGAAAGUGAAUUUUGUCCGUCUUGGACGAACAAGUAAAAUCAAUUCCCAAGUGCAACCCUAUGGAGCAGAGAAACUUACUCAAAACAUCAGUAAUGUUGCAGAUCUGAGAGAAUUUUACAGCUCACAGAGGGUUGUGGCCACAACCGCACUAGGAAUGACCCACCCUGUGUUCACACAGAGGCGGUUUGACGUCUGUAUCAUGGAUGAGGCCUCCCAGAUCCUACAGCCAGCCUCCCUGGGGCCUCUGUUUAACGCCCACAAGUUUGUUUUAGUGGGGGAUCCCAAACAGCUUCCACCCGUGGUACAGAGUAAAGAAGCCAGAGGGCUUGGAAUGGACGAGAGCCUCUUCCUGAGGUUAGAGAAUGGACCCGCCACGUUUGAGUUGAAUCUACAAUACAGGAUGAACAGGGAUAUCAUGUAUUUAAGUAACACACUCAUCUAUAAUGGAUGUCUCAAGUGUGGAAAUGAUAGUGUUGCCAAUAAGAGAUUGAAAUGGGCUAAAGAUGGUCAGCUGGAAAAGGUGUUUGAGGAGUACUCUUGGAUGAGCAGUGUUCUAUGUGAUGAUCCAUAUAAGGCCGCCUUAUUUCUGGACACAGAAAAGGUUCCUGCAAAAGAAGAGAGGGACAGCUCAGGUUUAAUAAAAAAUGUGAUUGAAGCACAAAUAGUGCAAUGUCUGGUCAAGUCUUUCAUCGAGAUCGGUGUCACGGAGAAUGAUGUGGGGUUGAUUGCUCCAUACAGGAAGCAGGUGACUGUAAUUCGUGACCUUUUGACCUGUAACCCAGGGGUUGAAGUUAACACAGUUGACCAGUACCAAGGUCGAGACAAGGACAUCAUCAUUAUAUCACUGACCAGAAGUUUUACCUCAGCCAAAGAUGCAGAAACAAAGUCAGGAGAGCUGCUGAAGGACAUUAGAAGACUGAAUGUGGCUUUGACUAGAGCCAAGAAAAUGCUGAUUUUAGUCGGACAUGUUAACUCUUUAAAGAGUUAUCCUCCUUUACAGUCAGUGAUUGAAAUUCUGCAAGAAAAAAACUCUAUUGUUGGUCUACCUCAUGAAGCCCACUUGUCUUUCACCAAAUGAAAAGUGCUCAGUUUAAGUGCCAAAUUUCAUUUUUCUGUACAUUUAAUAGUAUAAAAUAAUUGAUAAUCUUAUUUCAUCGCAUCAAUUGUGCAUUUUGAGCAUGCAUUUCAUAAAAUAAACGAUUAUAAAUGCA